AAAAUCUCAGAAGUGGGAUGAAAUGAACAUCAUUGCUACGUACCACCCAGCAGGCAAAGACUAUGGCUUGAUGAAAAUAGAUGAGCCCAGUACUCCUUAUCACAGCAUGGUGGGAGAAGAUGAUGAGGAUGCAGUGAGUGAUUCAGAAUCAAAUGAGCCCAUAAAAGCAGAUGUGUUGAGUAAAAAGCUGGCAGCUGCAGCUGAAGGUAAAGGCCCCAAGAUUAUAGCAAGGCAAGAGGAAAGCAGUGAGGAGGAAGAGGAGGAUGAAGAAUUAACACCCGAAGAACGAGAGAAAAAGAAACAGUUUGAGAUGAAGAGAAAAAUGCACUACAAUGAAGGACGAAACAUCAAACUGGCAAGACAACUCAUUGCAAAAGAACUACAUGCUGAUGAAGAGGAUGAUGAUGAGGAUGAAGAGAUGCAUGAUGCUGCAGAUGUAGAAACCAUGAAUACAGAUGCUACCGAGCAUGGGGAAAGGAGGGCUCCAAUAGGCAACCUUAUGACCUUUCUCCAUGGCUUGAAGCUGCCAUCUCGCUGCACUCUGCUGUAAAACAGAGGCAACUGCGCUCCCCAGCUGCAUUCACCAGUGGAAGGAAGGCACCCCUUUGCAGCAUUUUUCCAUCUUUAUUGUUGAAGUCCAUUCCACCUUGCUUCAUAACCAGCUUCAGAGCCACAACUGACUGAGAUUUCUUGCUGAUGGAAAUGAAGACGGCCAGUCCAGUCAGUGAUGCACAUGCUACUGGUGACCAGCUGGAAAGUAGAGCACACAGCAUAGAAGAAAUCUGUCCAGAGCUGUAACUGCUUGUCAAAGACACAAAUAUAAACACCACUUCAUGAUUUUUGCAAUUAAGGCUCUUAAAUAUUGAGAAGCAUAUCAGUUACAAUGUUGUAUUGCCAAGAAUGUUAAUUUUAGACUUGUCCAUUAGGCAGAAAAACCUGUCUAAUUGAUUUGUUCUUGUGCCUAGUAUUUCAUGGAGAAUACUGCUUCAUAAUCUGUUCAACCAGAGUGGCAUUCCCUGUAUGUAUAGCGCUGAUUAUUAUCUUGUGUGAUGCACUGUUACUCUUCAUGCUUCAAAACAGACAGUAUCCUUUGGGUUUUUUACUGUUUAUUUGACAAUGUUCUAAAUGUGGUAUCUCUUACGGAAAGGUUUGGGAUUCAAGAGCCAGACGGUACAGCAUAUAUCAGAUUGACAUGCAAGCUAUUUAUCAGAUGUGUUAAGCAGUUUAAAAAGGGAUUAUUUAAGUCUUACAACUCUUCUGUAAAGUGUUGACCUGUUAAUCUAGAUUUCAGUAUGUUAUUACCUGUGCUUUCCCGGGCUUUAGAAGAAGAGCUGUAUUAUUUUUAAAAAUGGUGUUUGGAAUCAGUUGUUAGUUUCCGAGUAAGGCAGUACUAACUUCUGGUGGAAGGAAUGUUUUUACACUGGAAAUGUGCUAACUUGAAUUUUGCAUUUAGCUGUCAUUAUCUCUUCCAUCGGCACUGUAUGUGUUGUGGAGCUCUCUUUGGCUUAUGAGGACAUGGAAGUUCCUUCUAGCUUUUGUCUUAAAACCACAUCCAUGGUCACUCUUCUGGCUC